AUGAUGAGUUGGAGCAGAACGCUAGUCGUCGCUAUCAUUGAAAUUUCAUUUCUGUCGGCAAUCAUCAAACACUGCGAAGGAUGCAACGAAGCGAUUUGCGCCAGUGUUGUCAGUAAGUGUAUGCUUACGCAGAGCUGCAAAUGCGAUCUCGUUACAUGUACCUGCUGCAAGGAGUGUUUCUCUUGUCUUAGUUACCUUUACGACGAGUGCUGUUCAUGCGUAGAUCUAUGUCCAAAACCAAACAUAACGGACAAUCCAUUAAGCAAGAAGUCUCACGUGGAGGACUUUAGCGAACCGAUGCCAGGCUUGUUCCAAGCGUUAACUGCAGAACCGGAUCCACACGAACGUUGGCUCACAUUCACAUUUCCGGUGGAUUUCGACAUGUCUUUAUUUACACCAAAACACGACAAAGAAAUGAAAUACCAUAUGCAUACCGCUGACGAACAGAUACAUCCAUUGAAACCAAACGUAAUGACAGUGAAUUGCACCGUUGCAUUUAUGGCUCAAUGUAACUCCUGGAACAAAUGUCGGGCGUCUUGCCAAAGCAUGGGUGCUACAAGUUACAGAUGGUUUCACGAUGGUUGUUGCGAAUGUAUAGGAGACACCUGUAUUAAUUAUGGAAUAAACGAAUCCAGAUGCAUACAUUGUCCUUUGGACAAAGAAGAGGACGACUUAAAAGAUCAGUACGAUGAUUACGGCCAAGACGAAGAUGAUUUGGUGGAAGAUGAGAUCGAUUAAUAUUAUCGGUACUUUCUUCAGCCUGUUUCUUUCAGUGGACUGUAUGUAUUAAAAUGUAUAAAAAUUAAAAAUGUCAUGGGUGAGUGCAAUCUCAGUGACGAUGAUACUUUCAAGAAUUGAAUUACAAACAGUGACGUCGUUUGUACUUGUUCGUGAUACUCAUCGUUUCGACAUUAUGUGAAAACUAACUUUACGACUGACGACUAUCUCGUCCUUUUAGAACGAUUUUCUACAAAAUAUGCGAUAAGUGAUGGACAUCGUUCCCUUUAAAAGGGAUCCGUUCGUUAGUAAAUAUAAUUUAAAUCAUUAUGUUCUGUAAGGCUGAAAGCUAUCGAUUGUCGAUACAUCUAAUGGUAUCGCGUUUGGAUUUAAUUAAGCAAACGCAAGAAAACAACAAACAAAUUUAAUGAUGUUUCGAACUGAUUGGCUUAUGGUGUGACUUCAACGGCAUAGCAUGUAGUCUCAUUCCUCAUUCUUAAAUGUUAAAUAUGCAUGUAAGUAACUCUGUGGUGUCAAAUGUUUUAUUUUUUCUGUGCCAUAUGAAUCAAGUUGUACAUGUAUUGACUCAUUCAUAAUUAAUUGACGCGUAUCCGAUGCGUCAAUUAUUCAAAUAAAACCUAUUGUCUGUGUUCCUCUAA